AUGCACAGGAAAUGGUUUUGUUUAUAGGCAGUAACGUCCUGUCGACCCCAGCGCCUCACUCUAAAAUGUGUUUUUGUCAGUGUUUCUGAACCACUUCUCUCUGAUGUGACUCGGUUACUUCAGCGGGACCGAUAAAGCUCAAAGGGGAUUUUCGCCGCGAGCCUCUUUUACCGUAAGUCUGCAGCUAUAUCACCGCAGCACUAUAGUGCGAUGACCGUGGACGGAGUGGAUCGCUCUGAGAUCUGUUGAAUUAUUGUGGGGAUCCUACAUCUAUUAUGGCGAGUGGAAACAUGAGCCACGACUCUCGGAACAGCGACUAUCUCCAUGCCAUGGGCAGUACCGCUGAUUUCUCCAGCUCUACAGCGAUUGUCAACGGCGUAUUAGACAUGCCACAGGAAAGCUUCACAACAACAGGUGACAACAGCACCCAAGAGCGGCCCGCCGCGUCUCUGACGCCGGAGUUCCCCGAACCAACCGUGGGUGCGGAGGUGGACUGUCCUGGGGACAGUUAUAUGGAAGCGUCAAGUUUGUUGUCGCAGAACGAGGGCCAUCAAAAAAUUGCAUCGUCGGAAAUUGUGUCGGCCGUUCCUCCUGCUGGCCAGCGGGGCGGUCGGCGGCGCCCUCAUCGGCCGGAGGACAGGAACUGCUGCUGCUGCGACGUCAAGUUCGAGCGGCAGGGUCGCAGCUUCAACCGGAGGGCGGUUUAUACCUUUACCACCGCAGCCACUGUCAAGUGGGCUUUCCCCGAAUCUGUGGUUCAUGACAAGUCCUUUCUGUGUGAGACGUGUGCUCAGCUGAUCCGGACCAAAUGUAAACGCAAACAGACGGGGAAGCGCUGUCUGUGGGUAAAACCCCCUGUCGCUAAACAGCCAGAAGGCACUGAGAGGAAGAAGAAGGAGCGCCGGAUGGGUAAGAAGAGCAAGGCUGCACAACUUGUGAGCAAAUCCUGCUACAAGGCUGCUUUAAAGACGCUGUGGUCUGCUAAAGGAGCCAGGAAACCCAUGAUGGACUUUUGGUGUAGACAGCUGAAAGAAGAGAUGAAGCUGCUGUCUCGGCAGCAAGGAAGUCCAUUUCAUCAGAAGGUGUCGAGCAGAAAGGCGCUGACGUCGUUCCCCUGGCGACGAUGUCUGAGUUGGGCACAGGACAGAGCUCCUCUCGUCACCACCUGCCUGCGUUCACUGUUCCCCGACAUCGGCACUCUCACCAAGAUCGGACACUCACUGUCAGAGGAGCAGGCACAGGCACUGCUCGAGCGCAGGUCUGUGGUGGCGCUCUCCAUCCCACUCUUCACCAGAAACAUCUGGAAGAACAACUUCCUGCAGGCUGCUCUUGGUGCCGAGCUGCGCCUGCAGGGCUGCUCCGGCUCUGCCAUCGAUACUCUCAACACCCUGGGACUGUGUCAAAACAAGGACACUAUCAGGUUGCUGCUGCAGAGACUCCUGUUUGGGAAACGGACUGAUGGUCAGAGAAUAAAGUUGAAGGGAGAACCGAUGUCAGACGUGGAGGAAGAAGACAUCGGAGAAGAAGUUGAAGUGGAACUGGAGGAGGAUGACGAGGAAGAAGAGGACGAGGAGGCGGAAAUUGAGUUAGAAGUACAAGGGGCAGAGGAAGUGGAUGAGGAAAACGUGCAGAUCGGAGAAGAGAUGAUUGAUGACGAGGAUGAGGAAGAUCAAGCUGUGCUGCAAAAAGAGGAGAAGAAGAGGAGGAGGAAAGAGAAGAAUCUCAGGAGGGACAGAGGACAACAAAACGCAGAGGAAGAGGACGAUGAUGGAGCUGAGCAAAAGAAGAGGAGGGUGGUGGUGGUGAGGUUUGGUGAUGACACUCAGACUUUAGAUGAUCUGACCUUUCAGCUGCCUAAGGCCUUAUAGAGCACAGCCCUAAGUACAACUGUUCCCAGCCCCAAAAAUCAGAUCAUCGUUACAGCCCAUUUAAUUUAAUCAUCUUUUUAUGUUAAAACCCAACAUGUAAUCAAUCAAAUAAUAAACACAUUACCACUUAACUACAUGCUAAUAUAUUGCUGGAGUCAUUUCUUCAUUAUCAACACAACUCCUUUUUUCCCCAUUACUGUUAGUUCUAAUUUCAACAAAGGCCAAUCUCUUCUCUGCACCUUAGUCUGGUUCUAAAAACAUUUUCCGCAUCCCCAUGAGGUGUAAACAGCACAGUAAAGAAGUCAGUCAAAAAAGAUAGUUUGAGUUUCCUGACGUCAGCAGGUGACCGUCAGAUUAAAGUUGAAGGGUCUUUAUUGGAGAUGACCACAGGUUUCUUCAGUUCAGUUGUUUAAUUUGAUAAUCAGACAUCAAGUGGCCCUUAUUGAUCCGCUGUGAAAAGACUCAAAGGUUCAGUUUGUCUGUUUGAGGCACAAUCGAGACUUUGUUUUCAUCUGACGUGCAUCAGAUUUCAACAGUUGUUUUACCAAAUUUGACUCGCCACUUUUCUUUUAAAUGCUAAAUAAAAUAAAAGUUGAGAAUUUAAAAGCAAAUCUGACCUUGGUUUCUUAUUUCACUUGCUGUAAACCAAGAAAAUGAGAGUGUAUCUUUGCAAACGUUCACUCUUAGAGUUAUAGGGACAUCACAUAUGUAUUCAGUGCCUGCAGUUAUUUGAUCAGUCAGUUUAAUUUAGCAGAAUACAAUCUGUACAAUGUUGAUAAGAUAAAAAAAAAAAGCAUUUUAGUUUGUUAAAAGAAUGACUGGGUUUUUGUUGUUGUUGCAUUGAAGGUUCAAUUGUUGAUCUUUUGUUUCAAGUGUCAGGUCAUACUGUGAUGGUUGUGAUUCCCCCCCACACUGCUGGUUCCUGUUAUCAUUUGCCAAUAAACAAUGUCUUGUCUUGG